AUGUGCUUCUUUGGUUUCUUCUUGGGCCUUUGCGAAGCUAAUGCAUACAGUUCCUUCAAGGUCUUCUCUGAGAAAGGUGCUUCAAGGGAUUACUCAUCCUUUAAGGAUGAUUUGGCCAUCAACAUGCUUGAGCAUUGUAAGAAAUUGAAGUCGAGAUACAAUGAAGUGGCCCAAGACAGCAACCGAAUGCUUAGAAGUGACUCUAACCAUUCCUACAUCUCCAUGAGUAAUGCAGGCAAUAAAAUAAAGAGAUUGAUAUGCCACAAAUGCAAAGAAAGUGGCACUAAUGGCAAGCGUGUUGAAGAAUUUUGUAGUUGUGGCCCCACAACCCCCUUGUGCUUCGACUAUCAUAAUCAACACUUGAAGGCUGUCUGGCUUCGCCAGCUCUAUUAA